AUGAGCUCCCCCGGUUCGCGCUCGCCCUCGCCUGCCCUCGAGCCGUACGGCGAGAGCGACGACUUGGGCGAGGACCUCGCCUGGGCCGACAACCUGCCCGUGUUCGCCGACGCCAACCCCGACCUCGCCCCUCCCGACAAAGAGCCCGACUCUUGGCUCGCCUUCCGCGCCGAGCACGCCCGCAGCUUCUCCGACGAGACGCUCGGCCGGCGCAUCGCUCAGCGACGAGCCCUCAACGUCAAGCUCCAGACCGAGCGGUGCCAGGACCCCCAGUUCCUGCAGCUCGCCGAGGACGAGUACCAGCGCAUCAAGCUCGUCUUCGAGGAGGAGCUCGAGGCGGCCGAUCGAGCACUCGGUCCAGACUUCCACACGCACCACAAGACGCACUGGGACGCCUCGGUCCUCACGCACCCUCUUCUCGUUCGCGGCUUCUACCCGCCUGACCGCACCGAUGCCGCCCUCGGAUUCGACGACACCUCGAUCCCGACCCUCCGCAUGCUCGAGAAGCUCGGCAUACUCGAGGCGCGCAAGCGUGGCCAGGUUGCGCUCCUCGACCUGCACGACGACGACAAGCACAGCGCGUCCACGAAGCACCACACGUUCCCGAUCGCGCGCAACGGCCGCGUCAGCUGGGGCAGCUGCGGCUGCUCGGCCCGGCACCAUGCCGCUUUUGUCCGUCGCGACAACGCGAUCGAGAGCUUCCGGACCAAGUUCGUCCUCGGCGAGACGCUCAACUUUGGCUACGGCAUCGUCAAGCCCUGGCACGACGCCUUCCUCGCCGCCGACAACGGCCUCAAGGUCACUAUCCCGCGCGACUUCCACUCCAUCCCCAAGUACGAGGAGCUCGCGCCGCCCUGGAUGGCCGACGUCACGCUCCACUGGGCUCAGCCCUUGUCCUCCUCGCCUGCGCCAACGCCCAACGACCUCGAGCGGCGCCUCGUCGACCACGUCCCGUCCUUCACGUACCUGUCGCAGUCGACGUCGCACGUCUCGCUGGGCAUGUACGCCCCCAAGGACCAAGCACUUUCGCGACUCGCUCGCAUCCACGCGACCGAUCGCGCCAUCAACGAGGUCGCGUUCCUCGCAGGCGUCGAGGUCGAGAAGGACAACCUGUGGGUCCUGUCGCGCCUGUACAUCGCCAAGUCGCGCGCCGCGGACACCGGCUUCUUCAUCCCGAUGCCUGUUGCCUGGGCGUACGUCCAGCUCACCAAGAAUCGCGACGCCCGAACCUGGACGUCGGACGAAGCUCAGCCUCGUCUCGGCGCGUCGUUCACCGACACGCUCAACCAGUACGCCGCGUCGUGGUCUGCGUCGGGCCGCCACUCUAUCGGCAAGUCGGUCGGCGUCGUCGGGUUCCUCGAGUCGGCCAUCGCCGGGUGGAAGCUCAGCCUGAUCGCCAGCGUCAAACGCACCCCGUUCCCGCUCCUCCAGGACAAGCCGAGCCGCAUCAUCGGCCUUCUCGCCCCGGCCACCACCGCCGACGGCCGUACGGCGGCCGUCACCCACCUCCUGUACAACGCGGUCGGCCUCGACGAGCCGUGUUACCCUGCGCUCUCGGACGACCCCGACCGCAUCGUCGGCCUCGUCGCGCCUGCGACGACGGGCGACGGCCGUACGCCCGCCCUCAACCAGUCGAUCCACGGCAUAGCCAUCCGCAACCGCGUCGGCUGGCCCUCGCUCCCGGCCGAGCUCUGUCGGCGCGUCGGUCUCGUCGCGCCGGCGACGACGGGCGACGGUCGCUCGGCCGCCUUCGUCCACCUCGACCGCGUCACGGCCGACAACGCCAUCCGCGCCUACCCGUGCCUGUCGGAACGUCCUGGCGGCAUCGUCGGUCUCAUGGCCCCGGCGACCUCGGGCGACGGUCGCUCGCCCGUCCUCGACACGAUGGCGCACUCGAAGGAGGUCGAGCGUCGCCGCGUGUACCCGUUCGCGCCCAAGAACCAGAUCCUCCUUGCGCCGGCGUGCACGGGCGAUGGCCGUAGCGCUUUUGCCUCGGCCGGGCAGCGCAACCAGUUCGGCGCCCGCAACCGCGACGGCGUCCUCACCGAGCAGCGCCUUCUCGACGACGACGAUGACCUGGAGGACGUCGGCGUUGUCGAGGUCAUCCGCUACUUCCGGGAGAAGAACUGGAGCAAGCGCAAUGGCCCCCUCGCCGAGUCCAAGAUCACCCUCGUGCGUCGCCCUGUUCCCCUACUCUUGCUGUGA